AGUUAUUACCGAGCGUCUUUAACUACAACUUUUCCGAUUCCAGCCGUUCCUGAAUGCUGCACACCCGCUGCGCCCGGGUAGUUAGUUUAGUUUUCAACGGAUCCUCGUUAAUCAAUCGUCGCUUGCCACCCGGCAGAAUGAGUGCCCUCGAGCGGGUCAUUUCCAACAACCAGGCCGCCGAAGAGUUGCUCCGGUCGCUCCAGGAGGAAUUCAAAGCCCUUAAGAAUGAGAAAGCUAUCCGGAGGAUUGAAGAGCUGAAGGUAGAAAACGAUGCCCUGCGGAAACAGGUGGAAGCUGCCCGGCAGAAGUUGAUCGCACUGGAAACCAAGAAUGGAAAGAAGCAGAUUCCGGUUCCGGGGCAGAAGGAUGCGGUUGACGUCAGUCCAGUGGUUGUGAAAGUGGAGAAGGUUGAACAGCCGGCUGCGCCACAGAAAGCAGAAGGAAAACCGCAAAAGGAGAAGAAGCCCAAGAAGGAGAAGCCUGCUGCGGAGGGGAAGGCAGCAGCUGCCCCUGCGGGAGGCGCACCGGCAGCCGAGGAACCUCCGAUCGACGUUGGUCGGUUGGAUAUGCGCGUGGGAAAGAUUGUCGAGGUUUCUCGCCAUCCAGACGCAGAUGCUCUGUAUCUGGAGAAGAUCGACGUCGGAGAGCCGAACCCGCGGACCAUCAUUUCCGGCCUGGUACGGUUUGUCCCCAUUGAGGAGAUGCAGAACCGCAUGGUGGUGGUCCUGUGCAAUCUGAAACCGGCCAAGAUGCGAGGCAUUCUGUCCGAGGGAAUGGUCAUGUGUGCUUCCACUCCGGAGAAGGUGGAAGUGCUGGCACCGCCGGCCGGUUCCGUCCCGGGAGAUUUGGUCCAUGUCGAGGGAUACCCUCGCGUUCCGGACGCGGUGAUGAACCCCAAGAAGAAGAUCUUUGAAACAGUGGCGCCCGAUUUGCACACCGACGGGCAGUUGGUGGCGUGCUACAAGGAGGGCGCCUUCGUUGUCCCCGGUAAGGGACAAGUAUUGAGCCAAACGUUGAAGAAUGUUGCCGUCAAGUAAUCGGAUAGGUAAGAUUUAAAUUGUGUUUCAGUGAGGUAUUCGUAGAGGACAAUAUACGCAUUUUUGUAAAUUAA